UAAAUUCAACUAAUAAAGCAUCAUGAUAUCUGCAGUAGCAGCCCCAAAUCCACCCGAAGCUACAGAAAAAAAAGGGUAGAAAAUAAAUUCACUCCAAAAAGAAAUUAAAAAUAAUCCCAAAAGAAAACUAAAAACGUUUUUGGGAUUGCAGCUUUUUAAAACUUGGAGAGAAGCUGGUCAGACAAGUACCUAGGAAUCUUGAGUUGUUCUCAAGUGUUUCUGGGAAGUGGUUGGACUCAACAAGAUGUCUCAAACCAACUGGGAAGCUGAUAAAAUGUUAGAUGUUUAUAUCCAUGAUUAUUUAGUAAAGAGGGAUUUAAAGGCUUCAGCUCAGGCUUUUCAAGCUGAAGGGAAAGUAUCAUCGGAUCCUGUGGCUAUUGAUGCACCUGGAGGUUUUCUAUUUGAAUGGUGGUCUGUUUUCUGGGACAUAUUCAUUGCCAGGACUAAUGAGAACCACUCAGAGGUUGCUGCAUCAUAUAUCGAGACUCAGUUGAUUAAAGCACGAGAGCAGCAGCAGCAACGGCAACCUCAGCAGCCUCAACAUCAACAGCAGCAACAACUGCAGAUGCAACAGCUUUUAUUGCAGAGGCAUGCCCAGCAGCAGCAACAACAACAACAACACCAGCAGCAACACCAGCAGCAGCAGCAGCAGCAACAACAGCAACAACAGCAACAGCAGCCGCCACCGCAGCAGCCUCAGCAGGCGCAGCAACCCCAGCAGCGAAGGGAUGGGUCUCAUCUCCUAAAUGGCAAUUCAAAUGGACUUGUCGGAAAUGAUUCUCUCAUACGUCAGCCUGCUGGAACUGCGAAUGCCAUGGCGACUAAGAUGUACGAAGAAAGAUUAAAAUUGCCACUUCAAAGGGAUCCUUUGGAUGAUGCAGCUAUGAAGCAAAGGUAUGAAGACAAUGUUGGCCAACUCUUGGAUCCAAAUCAUGCCUCAAUAUUGAAGCCUGCGGCAGCGAAUGGCCAGUCUUCUGGGCAAGUGUUGCACAGUACAGCUGGUGGUAUGUCUCCACAAGUUCAAGCUCGAAGUCAACAAUUGCCAGGAACAACACCGGAUAUCAAGAGCGAGAUAAAUCCAGUAUUGAACCCUAGUGCCGCUGGUCCUGAUGGAUCUUUAAUAGGAAUUCCAGGGUCAAAUCAAGGUGGUAAUAAUCUAACUUUGAAAGGAUGGCCAUUAACAGGACUGGACCAAUUGCGCACUGGGUUACUUCAGCAGCAAAAGCCUUUUAUACAGGCUCCUCAGCCCUUUCAUCAACUUCAAAUGUUGACACCACAGCAUCAGCAGCAACUCAUGCUUGCUCAGCAGAAUCUGACAUCACCUUCUGGCAGUGAUGAUAAUAGAAGAUUGAGAAUGCUGUUGAAUAAUAAUCGGACCAUGGGCCUUGGGAAGGAUGGUCUUCCUAAUUCUAUCGGUGAUGCGGUUCCAAAUUUAUCAUCUUUGCAGGCAGGCAGUCCACUCAUGCCUCGGGGAGAUACAGAUAUGCUAAUGAAGUUAAAAUUAGCACAAUUGCAUCAGCAGCAGAACAAUAACUUGCAGCAGCAACAGCUUCUGAAUCAGCAGUCACAGAAUUCUAAUCCUAGUUUACAUCAGCAAGAUAAAGCUGGUGGAGGUGGAAGUGUCAGUGAUGGGAGCAUGUCAAACUCAUUUCGAGGGAAUGAUCAGGUUUCAAAAAACCAGAAUGGGAGAAAGAGAAAACAACCGGUGUCUUCUUCAGGCCCUGCAAAUAGCUCAGGGACAGCAAACACAGCUGGACCCUCCCCUAGUUCAGCACCUUCUACACCAUCAACACACACUCCUGGAGAUGUGAUUUCAAUGCCUACUCUUCCUCAUAGCGGCAGUUCUUCGAAGCCUAUGAUGAUGUUUGGCGCUGAUGGUGCCGGCACACUUGCAUCACCUUCGAAUCAGUUGGCUGAAAUGGAUCGAUUUGUGGAGGAUGGGUCUCUUGAUGAUAACGUUGAGUCUUUUUUAUCCCAUGAUGAUACAGAUCCUAGGGAUGCUGUUGGCCGAUGUAUGGAUUUAACUAAAGGUUUCACGUUUAUGGAAGUAAAUUCUGUUCGAGCAAGCAGUAGCAAAGUUACUUGCUGUCAUUUCUCAUCAGAUGGAAAGUUGCUUGCUACUGGUGGCCAUGAUAAAAAGGCUGUAUUAUGGUACACGGACACUUUGAAGCCAAAGUCUACGCUUGAAGAACAUUCAUGUUUGAUUACCGAUGUUCGUUUCAGUCCAAGCAUGUCACGCCUUGCAACAUCUUCAUUUGACAAAACUGUCAGAGUUUGGGAUGCUGACAGUCCUGGUUAUUCGCUUCGUACAUUUAUGGGACAUUCAGGUAACGUUAUGUCACUUGACUUCCAUCCAACUAAGGAUGAUCUUAUCUGCUCUUGUGAUGGUGACGGUGAAAUACGAUAUUGGAGUAUCAACAAUGGGAACUGUGCAAGAGCUUUCAAGGGUGGUGCGGCCCCUGGGACUGCUCAACUGAGAUUUCAACCUCGCCUCGGAAAAUAUCUUGCGGCAGCUGCUGAGAAUGUUGUAUCUAUACUGGACACAGAGACUCAAACUUGCCGACACUCAUUACAGGGACAUACUAAAUUGAUCCAUUCUGUAUGCUGGGACCCUUCAGGUGAGCUUCUAGCAUCUGUUAGCGAGGACUCAGUCCGAGUUUGGUCUUUCGGAUCGGGCAGUGAAGGGGAAUGUGUUUAUGAAUUGAGCUGUAAUGGCAACAAGUUUCACUCGUUUUUCCAUCCUACAUUUCAAUCGUUGCUCGUUAUUGGUUGUUACCAGUCUUUGGAGCUAUGGAAUAUGUUGGAGAAUAAGACCGUGGCUUUGUCGGCUCAUGAAGGACUCAUAGCUGCAUUGGCCGUAUCACCGGUGACGAGGCUGGUUUCGUCCGCAAGUCAUGACAAGUUUGUUAAACUCUGGAAGUGAUACAAUUGCUAGCCAGAUUUCCCAACACGUUCGGUAACGAUUCUUAGCCUAUGGUUGUUCUGGUUGCCCGAUGUGUCCGUUUUUGUGGUUUGCCCCGGUACCCUGAACCCUAGUAACUAACCUUGCUGUUGAAUGCACGUUAUGUACCUCGUAUCUUUAACUUGAACACUCUUGCUGUUCAUUCACCUCCGUGUUUUGAUUUUUGCUGGUACGGAUU